GCCACAUGACCUGUCAAGUAGGAAGUGGAGGAGAGCUAACGAGCAGCAGCACCAGCACCAGGAACUGGAGACGCAGGACGGUGUUGUUGAAGCCGUGUGAAAUCUCUGAAGUCUCAGUCUCGAUCUGUCUCUCAGCAGAAUAGCACCUCUUUUCCACCUCUUGAACACGGAGCAAUAAUUGGGCCGCAGUCAUGAACGCGAAGGUGGUGUUUUUCGCCGCAAUUGUGGCUCUUAUUGGCGCAGCAGCAGCCCCAGAUGCAUGCUCCAAAUUGGAAUCAUGUGAACAAUGCGCAGCUGAUGGUGACUGUCUGUGGGUCAACUGCACAACAUCAUUAGUCUGUCAGAACGCAACUCUGGCACAAGAGGAGAACUGCACCAAAAUUGUCUGCUCAGACCCAACAGUUUCUCCACCUACAACUCUUACAACUGCUUCCCCCUCUACCCCUGCUGUCACGACUGCCUCUAACGGCAGCAGCACUCCGCCCACAACAGAGAAUGGAACCACCAUUAUCCCCGCUCCAACUGGUAACAGCUCCACACCUAAUACAACAUCAACUACCACAAUUACGCCAGUCUCACCCACUCCUGCCUCUCAGAAGAACUCGACCUUUGAUGCUGCGAGCUUCAUCGGUGGAAUAGUGCUGGUGCUGGGCCUGCAAGCUGUCAUCUUCUUCCUCUACAAGUUCUGCAAAUCCAAGGAUCGCAACUACCACACCCUUUGAAGCAGCAGCUCUGUUGGCUCAACAUCACUGGACCCCGUCCCCACCAGCUAGAACCUUCCAGAGAAGACUCCCCAGUCAGCACACGCUCAUCACACACUCACCACAAUGAACUCAAACAGUGUUUCCAAGCUGGCUCUCCUGACUGUGUGAUGUGUGUGCCACUUGUGGUUUUUGGCCCGCAUUAGCGCUGCAUUAAGGCUUCCACGCAUGCCUGUAUGUAUGUAUGUAUGAUAAUUCGCAUAACACCAACUCGUGCAACUAAACAGAUCUCUCGUGAUAUGGUAUUUAAGCCUCGGGCAUAUGGAUUACAUCACGUGGUAGCUACUCCCACCUCCGCCAUGCUGUUAGUCAUCCUGUGAAGUUUUGGGAGGAUGUACAGCAUCUUCCCAAAUCUUAAUUUUGGAAACACUGUUUGAGUUCACAGCUAUUUUUAAAUGUGACGAUGGUGAUGAGUCAGUAUUGCUUGCAGCCUGUUGAAUUGUAGGCAGGCCCCUCCCCCCCCCCCGUGCAGCCGUAUUGUGUAUAUGUAUUCAAAAAUUACAUAAAGGAGGUGGGGUCGCUUAUGAAGAAAUACGAGCAACACCCAAGUGUUCAAUGUCAGACUGGAAAAACGGCAGUUUUGCUGGGUGUCUCCCUUGGCAUUUAGGCGUGAAUUUCCUGGGGAAAAUCUCUCACCCAAUACAGGUUGUUCAAAUUUGUUCGAAAGCCAACUGCUAGUGGAGCAGCUCAAUGCAAUAAAAGAUGUAUUAAGUUAAUUUCCCAACCAUUAAUCGAGCCCAAUGUUAUUUCUAAUAUUUUUGCUGACAUCGAAAUCAUACCCACGCGGAUUGCUAAUGUGGAGUGGAGUUGUCCGUGGAGUCGUCGAAAAGAGUGGGGAAAAAAAAGAGAGCGAUUGUAGAAUAUUUCAGAAAUAUAAAUAAUUAAUUUGUUUAUGAUGAUGUAUAAAAUGGAGAAUGGGGAGACAGAGGAAAAUGUUGUGCACCGUUCUGGACGUGGACAGUGAUAGCAGUGAAGUGCCUUUAAUGUCCAGUAAGACUAAAAGAGUGAAAUGAAAGUGUUCUCCCACCAUCGAUGUGUUUGUAUCGCGGCGCUGAUAUUGGUCAACAUUGAGAUCUGUAGUGUCCCAGCUGGACUGAAGAGCCUUUUAUUGUUGAAGAAUACAGUAGAUAGUUGUCACUUGAGGGCCUUGAUCAACCAUUAUUGAAGUUUUUUUCCAUACAAGUAGAAGACUGUGGUCUUCUGACUGGCGUUGACCUUGUAUGAGUAGAUCAUUUAAGGUACUCUCUGUUUUGUAGCUCUUGAUUCCACUUCCAAAUAUCCUCCCGUCUGACUAUUUAUGUUUCAGGACUAGGUUGUAAAUUGCAUUAAAUUAAAAAACAAACAAACAUGAACAAUGAGCUGGCAGGAAAUUUCAGUCUGAUUAACUGCUACAAAUCUUGGAGCACACCUUUUUACUUACUGGGCUUGAUUUAAAAAGUACUGGAGAGAACUCUGUGGUGAAAGUGUUGGACUGGCACCUUAAUUUCUGACUUUCGGCGUGGAUGUGUGAAGAUUUGGAUGGAGUGCAGGAUUGCAGUGGUCAGGCACAUGUCAACUUCUCUAAUUAGCUUGCUGUUAACUGUGAUUUUUUUGUUGUUGUCACUUUGUCUCUCCUGUACAUAGCCAUGUCCUAUUUUUGUUUAUCUCCUAUGUUUCACCUUAACGAAAGGCCAAAUGAAGGAGCGUUUAUCAGGACUUUUUGCUUGUAGCAGCUUGUCAGUGUCGAGAAUGUUUAGUUUAAAUGCCUUUUAUUUCACUAUUGCAUGCUAAAUGCUUGGAGUUGUGAUUCCCCCUCCCUUUAAAAUGCAUAUGAUCUCAAGGGUUUAUUCACACUUAAUGAAAAAAGAAACAACCACUUGACUAUUUAUGAUUAGCCCAUAUGCUAGUUGAAAGAAUGCCUUGAAAUGGUGUGCAUUAAGCCAAAGUCCUCAGUUUUGGCAUGGAGCAUUUGAGCAUUGCGCUGACGAGCUUUGUUUUGUUACUUUGUCUUUGUAAAUGUUUUCCUGGUUCAACCAAAAAAAAAAAAAAACAACCCAAGAAUCUGAUGCUUGUAUAAAUACUCUUGAAUAUUAACUAGAUGCUGAAUGAAUAAUCAACUCGUUUUGUAUGACCACACACGAUUACAAGUGCAGAUGUUCAGGUUUUCCUUACCCAUAACCCCCCCCCCCCCCCCCCCCUCUUUCUUUUUGUUUUGGCUUGCAUAAUUUAGGAUGACAUAUUUUCUGCUGCUCACCACUGACACGCCUUUUAACCUACAGUCACCCGGUGACAUUAGGCUAAAGCCCAAAGACCCAAUCAUGGUGAUGAGGCGACUUUGCCUUAGCUGCACCCAUUUUGUUUCAUUCUCUGCAUGAGGAGGCCCUUCACCCCAAACUUUGAGACCUAUUUUGAGUUUUAUACACAGCCAUUGGGUGGUAUGUCGUGUAUUAGACUGCUGUCCCCUUUGCUUUCCCCCAUGGUAGCUGCAUUCCUUAACAGCACAGCAUCACAUGUCGACAUUGUGGCGUUUCAGAACACAACUGUUGUCCAUGUAUUGCCAAUAGAUGUUCAUUGUGAUGCCUCUCUGCAGUCUCUCAGCCCCUGCACCUCUUCAGGAAAAGUGCCUUAUUCAGUUGAUCCAUUUACAAUAUAGAUUGUUAAAUGAUAUAUGCCCACACCUAGUAAAUAUCAAUAGGACUCCGCACUUUCAGACCCCUGCAAAGUGGUUUUCUGUGUUGAAUUCUCCACAAUUAUCUGUCUUGUCACACCCAGCCUUAACUUCACGAUCAAAUCCAUAGAGCAUUUGCUAGUGACGGACUGUCUUGGCAACUAUUAGGUCACUGUAGUUUCAAAAACGAAAAUGUAUUGUACUUAAAUUUUGACCAAAAGACCUUAAGGGGUAUUCUUGAAUAGAUUAAACCAGCCAGUGUUUGGCUUAGGUUUCCAUCUAGAUCUGGCCCUGUUGUACCUUGAACUUCUUGUCACUAGCCUGUCGUAAUAAAAUAUAGCCUCAGUAAUGUAUUCACAGCUACAGACCUCGAGUGUUCUUUGCAUUUGCUUGAUUACACAAACUUGUCACAUGAUAACUUGAACUCCGCUUUGAUUGUAAUUUUCAAUUGUUGCAGUAAACGGCUUGCUCUCUCCUCGUUUAAAUUCAAAGUCCAGUUUUCAAUCAUGGAGGGCUCUUCUGUCUGUUUACAGCCUUGCAGUGUUCAGUUCGAGACGAAAAAGCUUUUUUGAAUCCCGUCUUAUCUUGUGGCUUUAUUGUUCUGUAGUGCCAUAUGCUUUUUUUUUUCUUUUCUUUUUUUUACCAGUAACAGGCCAUCAGUUGUGUAGGUACGAUUAUUUUGGCUUUGCUCUAACCCCACUUAAACACACAUUAACAUGUAGACUCAUGCAGGUGCCACAAUGCCUCCAGAACUGUUUUUGUUGUUUCCUUUUUCUAAAAACCUUUUUAUUUUUUUGCCAUGUUUUCUAGUGUUGCUUUUAGUUUCACAAUGUUGAAUCAAUAAAGUUUAAAUAUUGUUAAA